AUGGCAGCUACUACCAGUCUCCCCCAAAUCCGGGCCUGUCUGUUCGACAUGGACGGUCUGCUGAUCGACUCCGAGGACAAGUACACGAUGGUCACGAACGAAGUGCUGCAGAUGUAUGGCAAACCCAACCUGCCUUGGGAUGUCAAGGCCCAACUGCAGGGACGGCCACAGACAGAGGCCAUCAAAAUCUUCUUCGACUGGGCCCAGCUGCCCAUCACACCGGAAGAAUUGACCGCAAAGCAAGAGCCGCUGCGUCAGAAGUAUUUCCCAGAGUCACAGCCUCUGCCCGGUGUGGUGGAGUUGCUGUCGAAGCUGGUCUCGACCCAGUCGACCGCGCACCCCGUGCACAUUGCGCUGGCCACAUCGUCCAAUGCGAAAAACUUCCAUCUGAAGACAGACCACCUAACGGAUCUGUUCACUGCGUUCCCGCAGGCACACCGCGUGCUCGGGGAUGACCCGCGCAUUGGAAAUGGGCGCGGGAAGCCAUUGCCUGAUAUCUACGUUCUUGCGCUGGAGACGAUCAAUGCCGAUCUGCGGAGUAAAGGUCAGACGGAGAUCAAGGCUGAGGAGUGCCUCGUAUUUGAAGAUGCUGUUCCGGGGGUAGAGGCCGGUCGUCGGGCGGGGAUGCAGGUCGUCUGGGUUCCGCAUCCUGGUCUGCUGAAUGAGUACAAGGGACGGGAGGAAGAAGUGCUUGCUGGUCUUACAGGGGCGCACAAGGAAGAAGAGAAGAGCAGUGCCGAGAAGGAGGCGGACGAGCUGCAGGCUUGGCGGGUGCAGGGAGCUGGCAAGACGGGUGAGGUGGGAGAUGGUUUCGGGCAGUUGCUCCCAACGCUGGAGAACUUUCCGUACGAGAAGUAUGGCAUCCGGAUACCCUGA